UCGUAGUUCUUAGCUGCAUCAUAUUCCUUCACAUCCUGGGUUACCCUCCGGUUUAGGGUUCCUGGAUCCCCUUCCUGUCGGUUUUUGCCGGUACAUAUACCUCUACCGUGUGCCAAUUGCGACCAAAGUCAUUGUUCGUGCAUCAGUCAAUCCGAACCUGUAUCACCAUCCAUCUAUGAGCGGGUUUUAUUUCCAGAAAUCAGUUGGAAAUAUUCUCAGCUAAUUCUUAAUUUACUGUCGUACUCUUAUUUAUCUACUAUACCUUUUUCUGUCGUUGUUCGCUGAUUGCCUGUGGCUUCGGUUGCGAACCCGUAUGACUCCGGCCAGUUAUUAAGCCAGCCAAGUCUUCUCUUUUUGCUUACCAUAUUUCUCAUCAACAACAUCUUGCGACAGAGACGCCAUUGUCGUGGAGAGAAAAAGAGGGGGGGCGGGCAACAUAAUUUCCUAAUAAGAGAAGACCGAGAAGGAGGAAGACCGGUCACAAAUGGCAGCCCUUCACCAAGCGCUCCAAGCCCUGGCACCUACGUCUUGGGAAGAUGUCCCACACUCAGAGAACUCCCUCCGACAGUAUAUGCAAGAGCUCUUCAAGAGUUCUCGAUUGAUUAUCGAGUCCGUUCCGGAGCCUCCUCCUGCACCUUCGAAUAACAGCAAUGCGAGCUCCAGCUCGUCGCUGGGUUCCUCUUCAGCCAGGAUUUCGAACUCUGCGGCCCGCAGCGGGACCAGUGAUCCGCAGUUCCUAUCGUUGCAGAAAGAGUGGGGAAAGCCCAUCAGAGUGAAUAAUCCAAAGGAUAAUCCGUUGGAUAUUGGGGUAUACAAGCUGAAUGGCAAAGAUGGGAAAGGAGCCUGGUUUGCUCGGCGCAGUGUCCAUGAAGGUCUGCCGUUCUCCAGGUGGGAGGCGAAGAUGCAGCACGAGAUUGAAGAGACGUUGCGGAUACGACAAGAGGAGCGGGAGAAGGGACAGGCGCCUCAUUUCAGUAUACGGGGUAUCGGUGGGGACAAAAGAAUGGAGUAUAUGGAAGUGAAGGAUGCAGACAAUGGGACCUUGCUAGGCCGCCUUCAGGUGUAUUGCUUAUCUGCCCAGUUUCCCGGUCCAACAACAGCUCGUGACUUUGUUAUUUUGAUUAUUACAACGGAGAAUGGGCUAGAGGUAGCCGGAUCUGAGCGUCCACCGCGCAGCUUCAUGGUCAUAUCGAAACCGUGCGAUCACCCCGGUUUUCCCCCGCGAGAUGGCUACGUCAGAGGUCAAUACGAAUCUGUCGAGCUGAUCAGAGAGGUUCGUUCGAAAACGAGCUCCCCUCCGUCGAGUCCUUCUGCACAUCCGACGCAAAACAUACCGCUCCGCUCUAAGAACAAGAGUGAACUCGAUGUCACAAGCCGUGAUGUCCCUGACGAUCUCACACAAGAAACUGGCAGUAAACGAGGUAAAACGGAGUCCGCUGUGAAAGAUGCACGGAAAUCUACCUCUACGGGCUCCAGCACGAAAGGAGGUUCUGAUUGGGAAGACGGGGAAGUGUAUUCCAACACGGUUGAGUGGAUCAUGGUUACCAGGAGCGAUCCUGGCGGGAACGUACCUCGAUGGAUGGUCGAAAAGAACACCCCAAAGAGUAUUGUCGCGGAUGCCGCCAAGUUCGUCAACUGGCUCUGCAAGGACGAUCAUAUUUCACGGGAACCAGGUCAAGGUUCAGCUCAAGAAGAUCGGAGAGGUUUCUCGAGCAAUGCCCAGCCGUCAUCAGCUACCGGGAUUGACGCCGAAGACAAGGAGCCGACAAGCACCACCAACGCUCAGUCCUACGGGGGUGCCAAUGGAGAAGGGGACUCAGGCAACAAUCAGCAAGGCGGCCUCAUGGCAAGUGUUGGCAAUAUGAUCAAUUCGGGAUUGGAAAUGUACGCACCGCGGGCCGUUUUCAACUACAUCCCGGGUCACUCCUCUCAACCCUCUCAGAGUACUGCCCGGGAUGACACGACGCCUGAAGAAGGUAGAGAAGAAGGUAGAGAAGAAAAUAGAGAAGAAAAUAGAGAAGAAAAUAGAGACGACUCUUCUAUAGCUAGCGACGAUACCUUCGCUAGCGCUGAAUCUCACUGUGCAGACUCUACCGUUGAUGAAAGCCCGGCAGCCAAAGCCCCUCCUUCUGAGCAAUCAUCCGCCAAUGCUAUCCCUGCCACGCCCACCGGCGGGGACAAACUCAGCGAUACCCUGUCCAUAACCAGCACGAAGAGAAAGCUUACGUCUCGAGAGAAGAAGCUUGCCAAGCUGGACUCCCGCAAGCAGGAGCUUGAAGGCAGGCUAGCAGAGAUACGCUCCGAAAUUGCCACCCUUGGUCUACCUUCCAAAGGCAAAGACGACGAGGGCAACACAAAUGGACAGUCGAACAUCAGCAGUCGGGUCCAUGCCGACGAGGCCAGCACGGCAUCCAUUGGAAUCAAACCCAGCCCAGAGACGCUAGAGGCUCAUAAGAGAGCUUCUGUGCUAGCCCGUGAAGAAGCGAAAGUCCUCAAACAGCUGCGCAAAAUCGAAUCGCAGGAAGUCAAAGUCGCAGAGAAAGUCGAGGCCCACAAGCGGAAGGCUCAAGGCCACUCGGAGGUCGAAGACCUGCGACACGAAGUACGAAAGCUGAAGAAGGAAGUGGGCGACCUCCGAAGCGAAAGGCAGAAAUGGAUAGAACUUAUUGGAAGACUUCAAAUGGAGAAUUCGAGGCUUGCAGCCGAGCAGGACAAGAGAUAUUCGCGCAAGACAGGCUACGGAACUGAGUAGUAAACUGUCUACUACCAGAACCUUUCAUUGCAUUGCAUUGAUUAUUCACGAUUUAUGAUCACUAUCUAUCGACGGAUAUUACAGGGCUUUCUUAUUUAGUUAUUUUUUCUUCAGGACUAUACUACAGAUUCCUCAUGUCUUGCAUUCAACAGUAUUGAUAUUCGACAGAUCAUUUUCAUUUUCAUUAUUUAGGAUUAUGGGUUCUAUCUAUUCCGACGCGCAGGAUAAACGGGUAUGAUACAUGCACGCAUUAUUAUUCCCCUCUUGUAUUAUAUUCCCUCUGGAUAUAUCAGACAAGAUUUACAUUCCCAUGUGCAGGCUAUCAGGUAUUGAAAAGGGCAUGUGUUUGAGCAGGACUUUUAUAUUUCCGGAUUUAAAAAAUCGUUUACGGAGUAGGGCUAGCCAUGCAA